CAGAAAUAGCAGACGACAGUGCGCUGUGUCUUCCAUCUACUUUUGUGAUUCCUGGACGUGCUAGUGAACGAUCCAUAGUUAUUUUACAUUUUAUUGAAAUUGCGAGAAUUACACGAACGACGAAUUUACGAAUAUGACUGAAAUUACGGAUUUCGGUCCAAGAAAGACGAUUUUUAUCCUAGCGAUUGUAGCCGGGUGUUUUGCGGUAUUAUGGCCGAAAAUUUUUUAUCCUAUGCUCACAGCAUCUGUCAAUCCACAUCAUACGUCGGACAAUUCUGCAUGCUGCGAUGUAAUUUUUGAAAGUGAUGUCACUGCUGCUGAUAUUAUGUAUGAAAUAUGUCAGAAUAUACUGAAACAUCAUCAAAUUGAUUCAAGAGUAAGGGACGCUUUGAAAAGUAUAAAAUUAACACCACAAAGUGCAAGUUUGUGUAGAGAAGAAAUUUUAGCCAGAUGUGGUAUAGAUUUAUCUACAUUUCUUGCUCAAAGGGAACAUCUGGGAAAAUCUUAUAAACAAGUUUUAGAAGAGAUCAGAUCAUUUAAUAGUUCUCUAUGUCUUAAAAUACACUUUCGUAUACCUCUUUCUCAACUAGGAACUCCACAUUUAAUUAGAAAUCACAUUUUAAUGCCACACAAUACUAUAAAACAAGAACGAAGUACACCCCCACAUGCAGGUGGUUUACAUCCUGCAUUGAGAGAACGUGGUAGAACUAUACCUUCUUCUCAUAUUGUACCAAAAGUUGUAGAUAGACCUGAUCAUGUUGUACCAAAAAUGAGACCACCUUUAGGAGGUGCAGGACAUGUUGUUCCUGCACCAAAAGGAAGUAGUACUAUGGGUAUCAUUAUGCCAUUAUAUACUUUGGGCAUUGUAUUAUUUUUCUUAUAUACAAUCGUAAAGGUGCUGAGAAAAAAUUCGGAUAGUGAAAUUAUUUCAGAAUAUCCAGGAGCUACAGCAGAAAAAGAAUUUCGAAGAAUGGUAUUCAGUCCUGAAGCUUUUGCUACUGCAAUGACUGGUGGUACAAUACAUUAUCAGAAAGAAAGAUCUUCAUCACCACAAAGGCCUGCUCCUACCAUAGAGGAAUUAAAGGACCACUAAAAUUAAAAAUAUUGUAAGUACUCGUGUAUAUUCUCUGAACACGUUUGGUAAUGUUAUACAUGCUGGAACACAAGAAGCGGCAGGAGACAUAGAGAUAGAUCAACUGAGACGACGUUUGGUCGAGACGGAAGCAGCCAUGGAAAGAAUUGUUGUUCAGAUGGGCAACAUAUCACGUUCAGUUAUGCAUAGUCCAAGCCCACAACAAGAACUCAAGGACAAAGUUGUUCAGGCUGAACAUAGUACAACAAAUGAACAAGUAGAAAAUAUGGAACAUUCACCAACUGUUAAAGUUAUGGGUAUGGAAAUGACAGCUAGUUGCGAGGGUAAGGGUAAUAGACCGACUACUCCUAUAAUCCCAAUUUCACAAAGUCAUAUUGAGAGAGAAAAGACACCACCAAAACCGAUAUAUUUAGAAGGUGCACUUCCUCCACAAUGUGAAUUACUUGUAACAGAUUCGGAAACACAGGCUCAAAAAGCAGAAGAUGUAGAGGCACCUGUUGUGCUUUCAGGCAAAAUGACCCUCUCUCUCAUCAGUCUCGACCAAAAUGCAGCUGAAUUUGAAAAAGAAGAUCGAGAAAUACAAAAUGUAGAAAAUACAACAGUCUCGAACAUAAAAGAUAUGGAAAAAUUACUAAGAAUAGCUGAUAAAAAAGAGGAAGUAGAUGCCAAAGUACAGAUUGAUGAAAUAAAAAAAAUUGAGCAAGUAAAACAAGAGCAAGUAAGCAAAAAAGAAAAAAAGCAGGACACGUAUGUAGAACAAGAAAGGUUUAGAAGUGAACAACAAGAACAAAUAAACGAAGGAAGAAAAAGAAUGGAAAUAGAUGAGAUUAAAGAAACAGAAGAGGUUGAAAAGAUAGAGGAAAUUGAAGAAGAUGAAGAAAUAGAAUUAUAUAAUGAAGAUGAAGAAGAAGAAGAGAAAUAUACCGAAGAAGAAGGCGAAGAAGAGGAAGCGGAAAAGGAAGAGGAAGAGGAAGCGGUAAAGGAGGAGGAAGAGCAGGAAGUAGAGGAGGAGGAGCAAGAAGAAGAUGAAGAAAAAGGUGAGGAUGAAGAAGAAGAAGAUGAGGAGAAUGAAGAAAAGGAAAUGACAGAAAGUGAAAAAGAAGAAGAAGAAGAAGAAAUGAAAAUACGACAUUUUCUUGAGGGUAUCCUUAUAGGCAUUCCUAUUGGGAUCACCUUUUUAGACACAAUUGGUUAUAUAGCCAAGGUAGAAGGAGUUUCUAUGCAACCAACCUUAAAUCCAGACGAAAGGAAUCCCGAUUAUGUUUUUCUGAAUCGUCGGGCAAUUCGUACCCAAGAUAUUCAACGUGGUGAAAUAGUAACUGUAAAGUCUCCAAAAACUCCAGAGCAAAUUUUAAUUAAACGCGUCGUAGGCCUUUCUGGAGAUAUUGUACGUACACAUGGAUAUAAAGCAGACAUUCUACAGGUACCCGAAGGUCAUUGUUGGGUAGAAGGAGAUCAUAUUGGACGUUCUAUGGACUCUAAUACUUUUGGACCAGUUUCUCUUGGAUUGAUCACUGCUAAAGCUACUUCUAUAGUUUGGCCACCUAGCCGUUGGCAAUAUCUUUAUCCUUCUAUGACAAAUCAUAAUUUUCCAUUAAAUUCAUCUAAAGUACCAGCUGGAUAAUAUAGAAAAAAAAUGAGGGCUGUUAGUUUUGUUAAAAGACUGCAAUGGGAUUUACCUGGUACUGUAUGUAGAUAUGGUUUAACGAUAGGAGAUGUUGAUAAUGAUGGUGAUAAUGAAUUAGUUGUUGGCACUGCAGAAGGAGAACUUUAUAUUUUUAAAGGUUCAGAAUUAUGGCAAAAGAUACCUGGAUUAGGUCUUGUAACUAGUGUAGCAAUAGGAGAUAUUUUUAAUUAUGGACGAAAUGCAUUAGUUGUAAUAUGCGGAGAUGGCUGGGCACAUAUCUUUUAUAGCCCAAGAUCUGUCAAUCCUAAUAUCAUCAAUGCAACUUCAACUCAACAAUUAAUGAAGGAAGCAAACGAUCAAGAUAACAUAAAACAUGAUCAAGUAGAUGGCAACAGCGAACUUAACGAAUUAUCUGGUAAAAUGGAAUGUGUCCAUGUACAAAGAAUUCCGACCAAUACAAAGAUGGUUUUAGUAGCAGAUGUUGAUAAAGAUGGUGCAAACGAGAUGAUACUUGGUUUGACUGACCGUGUGGUUAGAUCCUACAGAUGGUCAAGCAAUUCAGAAUUGGGAAGAGGAAAGUUAGUUGGAUUGAAUAAGUGGGAAUGUGCCAAUCAAAUAGGAACAGUCACAUUACAGCAUAUGGCAGAUGGAACACCAACUUUGUUAGUUGCUCAACCUGGCGGAACGUUUAUGCGAAUUAAAUGUAAUCCAGAAGAUUGUCAUUUAGAAGAUGAAACUCGUCACAAAAGUAACGAAACAGCAGCGAGUUGCGUGGACUAUCAGACAUUAGGGAUAUCAAGAAUGCGCAAUCAAAAUAUUUCAACUGAAAUUAUUGGAGAUCUGGAGUGUAUAGUAGAGAAUAAAGUGUCGAAUUACGAAUUCAAAGAGUCAUUAUUCAAAUCAAGUGAAACUCAACAUGGUAAAAAUUUGAAAUCUAUCUUGUUAGAACUUAAGAAAAAUAAUUUGCAAUCAGAAGUAAGAAAAGACAGCUUUAGUACCGCGGAAGGACGUAAGAAAAGUUCAACGACUGAAAAUUCUAAAACGAAUCCUAGUCGAGAUCAAGUUGACGGUAACAUUCUUGGAGGCAACGUAAUUAUUGGUGAUUACGAUGUUAAGUCGGAAAAGGAUUCUCUACUGCCUACAUAUAAGCAUUUUUCGUGUCAAGAUAUUGGCAGUAACAGUAAGACAAAUUUAAAAGGAAAAAGUCAAACUGAAAUUGAUGUGAGCAUACAAAAUAAUUUAUUACAAGGAAAACCUUACGCUCUUGCUACUUUAGAUGGGACAAUAAUGUUAGUUAAGGAUGAAAUCAUUUUAUGGUCGAUGCAAGUAGAUCAUCAGAUAUUCGCUUUAUGUCGUUUAGACGUAACUGGUGACGGUUCUGACGAGAUAGUAGCUUGCGCAUGGGAUGGGCAAACUUACAUCUUAGAUCAACAACGCAAUAGCGUACGUUUUCAAUUUGAAGAACCAGUUAGAGCAUUUUGUACUGGUAACUAUAAUGUUACUCCUGGUUUUCCAACACCUUGCCUAGUAUAUAACAGUUUUAAUAACAAGAUUUUUCUUUAUUACGACGUUACGCUUCCAAGCAUGGUCACUAAACCUUUGAAUCCAAUAGAGGAACUGGAUUUCGAGGAAAAGAAAAUUUUAGAUAAUCUGCUAGGAAAUUGUACCGACAUAGAGAGACAACAAAAACUACAGGAGUUAACAGAAUGGUUGUUGUAUGGAACACCUAACACUGUAUAAUUAUAUAUAAAGAACAGAAAAAUAUAUACAGAUUCUUAUAAACGUUAAUCCUGGUAUUCUCUCUCUUUACUACGUAGUAUUACAUUAAUAUGUAAUCUUUCGUUCGACUGAACUAUUUCUUUCUAGAUAGGAGCAAUGUUUGUUUAGCGUCCGAGGAAUUUAUUGCUCGUAUUUUCAUAUCUUUUCUAUUCGCGAGCACAGUUUUUUUUUGUCCGUAUUGACAGGACCCAGCCGUUUGAUCUAACAUUCG